AUGCCAAGGCCGUCAUACAUGAAGCCAUACCCCGAUUGGAUCGACAAGUUAUACCCAUUCCCUAGAGGGUACAAAGUACCCGAGUUCAGCUUGUUUUCUGGUGAGGAGAAGGUUCAGUCGACGGUGGAGCACGUGGCACGAUUAUCGGCUCAAUAUGGCGAGGCAGGAGCUCAUAACUUCUGGAAAUUACGUCUAUUCGCGAGUUCCCUCACUAAGAUAACGUUUACGUGGUAUUCCCACUUAUCGCCUAACUCGAUAGGCUCGUGGAAAGAUUUGGAAACAAAGUUCCAUGAAGAAUUUUACAUAGCAGCACCCGAUGUCACUUUGGAUGAUUUAGCAAGAAUAUCUCAAUUGCCGAGCGAAACGGUAGAGAAAUACAUAAGCCGGUUCCGGAACUUGAGAACGAGGUGCAUGACUCAAAUCUCCGAGGGAGAUUGCGUGCCAAUGGUUGUGAAAGGAAUGAACUUCUCCAUGAGGGAACAUUUCAAAGGACAUCACUUUAGAGAUUUGUUUGAACUCACAAACAGGGUUACGAGCUACAAGCGAUUGCUCCAAGAGAAGGAACAGAGGCGAGGUUCCUCUAAGGGCACGUAUUACCGAGAUCAGCUUGACGUCGCAGUAAUCUCAGAUAGUGAAGAUGACUCAUCGGAUGAUGAGGUAUGUAUGGCCGAAUUCUUGGGUAAAAACCCCACAGAGUGCGCAGCCUUAAAAAAGCCAGGGUACAUGAAGAAGAAUAAGGUAUUGAUCAUACGGAAAGAGUACUCAUUUGAUUUGACGAAAGCCGAUGAAAUUUUCGACGCCUUGUUGAAAGAUGGGUAA